AAGGCAACGAUGCCCAUAUGGGUGGUUCUGCUGUCGAGGAUCAUCAUGAAGGAGAAGCAGACGACGAAGGUGUACCUGUCUCUGAUCCCCAUCAUAAGCGGUGUCCUGCUGGCCACAGUCACUGAACUCUCUUUUGACAUGUGGGGGCUCAUCAGCGCGCUUGCUGCCACGCUGUGUUUUUCACUUCAGAACAUCUUCUCAAAGAAGGUUUUGAGAGAUUCCCGAAUACAUCAUCUUCGGCUGCUGAACAUACUCGGCUGCCACGCUGUGUUCUUCAUGAUCCCAACGUGGGUUUUGGUUGAUCUUUCCUCCUUUCUAGUAGAGAAUGACUUGAGCACAAUGUCUCACUGGCCCUGGACCUUAAUGCUGCUUAUAAUCAGUGGAUUCUGUAAUUUUGCCCAGAAUGUCAUUGCCUUCAGUAUUCUUAAUCUGAUCAGCCCGUUAAGUUACUCCGUUGCAAACGCCACAAAAAGGAUCAUGGUCAUCACAGUUUCCCUUAUAAUGCUUCGAAAUCCUGUUACCAGCACCAAUGUCCUUGGAAUGAUGACAGCUAUUUUAGGGGUGUUCUUAUAUAACAAGACAAAAUAUGAUGCAAAUCAAGAGGCAAAGAAGCAGCUACUUCCAGUUACAACUGGAGACCUUGUGAAUUUGGACCGGCAUCGAAACACUCCUGAAAAGUCUCAGAAUGGACUUACAGCAUUUGCACAACAUGGAGACUAUCAGUAUGGUCGAGCCAAUGUUUUAACAGACCAUUUCCAGUAUAAUCGGCAAAACUAUCCGACUACCUACAACCUAAAUCGUUUUGAUAUAUAGAAUCCUGGCAAACAGGUAUAGACUGUGAUAUCAGAGUGUCCCCAACAUUAUCAGAAACUUUUAGUACACCCAUGAAUGUAAAGCCAUUUUAUUGUACAGGUUUUGCGGAAGGGAAGAUGCACGUGCAGUGGAAGUGGUACAGACCUUUUGACUUCUGCUAAGCAGAUCUUUAAACAUGAAACACUUAGAUCUGAGACUGGAACUAAAUGCACAGUGUAGCUCUUGUAUGGAGAUUGUGACAAAACGCAGGUA